CAAAAAUUAAAAUAUCGAUUCUUUUCAUUUUUCCUGAGAUCUGAACGAGCUCAACCGCCCCAGACGAUUGAAACUCGAAACGCUAAGCUUCAUGAUUCAGGACAAUGAAUAAUUAUAAUAAGUACACAGUCAUAUAUUUCGAGUAUGGUGGUUCUUAUACAAAGAACGAAGAUGGCGAAUCAUUUAGAUGGAUUUUUUCAAGAGAAACUCCAUUGUAUGCUCUUCUGAUUAAGAAACCUAUGGAAGAGGUCACUUAUUCCGAGUUGGUCAAGAAUAUAUACAGAAAGACCAAGAUUGAUGAAGCUACUACGAAGUUGAAAUUGAGUUACAUUCCAAUGCUAGUGGAACCAAAGAGACCAUCAUAUAUAUUGGAUGAUGAAGAUGUUCUUGGUUUCUUACUGGAUAUCGACAAAGACCUGCGUAAAAAUGUUCUGCAUGUGCAAAGAACUGAAGUUGAUGUUCCAUCAUCAUGUUCCCGAGUAGAAGGAAGCAAUCCCUCGCGUAUACAAGAUGUUGUUUAUAAGCCUUCAAGUGGUAAUGAUGCUAUCAUCACUAAUAUAGUCGCACCAUCACAACACUAUGAGUUCUUGGACAAUGUUUUUGAUAUUGCACAUGGUGAAGAAGCAGCGGCUGCUAUCGUGGAUAAUGAUGAUAUAUCUGGAGAUGUGGAGCUUAUACCUGAUGUUGUAGAAGCAGAUCAUGGAUGGGAAGAUGGUAUUGAUUUAACUAUAGGUCAAGAAUUUGGAAAUAAGCAAGAAGUGCAAGAUUUAGUUGAUAAAGCUUCAGUUAGGAACUGUUUUGAUGUUGCUACGAUCAAGUCGUGUUCGUUGUUAUAUUUGCUAAAAUGUCGUCAAGCAAAAUAUGGCUGCAAAUGGUAUUUACGAGCUUCCAAGGUUAAGAAUUCGGGUUGUUUCUUAGUUAGAGGUCACAACAAGAUCCAUACAUGUGCUCGGGUUAAGACAGGUACAAGCAGAAACAGAAGAAAAUGCUCACCACAACUAGUUGCAUCUUUUUUGCAUGAAUAUUACCCAGGUCAGCUACGCACACUCACUCCAAAGAUUAUCGUUGGUUUGGUUCAAGAAAAACUUGGUAUUACAGUUUCAUACACGACUGCUUUGAGAGGGAAAAAGCAAGCUGCUAAUAAUGUGCAGGCAUUAGCGGAGGAACCUAAGUGAGAACUAGGUGUGGCUACAAAAGAACAUAAUAACCAUUGACUAUAGCUUUGUUUUCACAUCUUUAAUUUCUACCUUUUUUUGUUGCCUUUGGUCAAAUUACGAAGCCAAAACUGCCAAAGUUUUCAUAGAUUUAAUGGGAAUGAAUGCUUGUAGUCUAAUUCAGAAAUGAUGGUAUUCGAUUAGAGAAUCAGAGCACUCAUUCUAGG